UAAAAACCGCUUGUUCGAACACUGAGUUGUCGCGGAGCACUUGUCCACGACGUAUCACGUAAAUAAUUGGAUAAUUCAUUUUGGAUAUUUUUUUUAUUUUUUUUUCAUUCAUUUUUUUUCACAAUAUAUAUCCUUAAAUAUUCCCACUCUAAAUAUAACACAGUGUGUAAAAUCUUUGUCUCAUAGUGUUGUGGUGCUUUUUUUUUUUUGAAAAGUGUAUGUGACAUUUAAUUUUCUAAAAAGAAAAUAUAUUAAUUUAUAAUUUAAAGCUGAUUUUUAAUUUGUUCAGGUGAAUUUAUUAAGUGUAAUAAUAUUUUUUAAAUUGACAUAAAUUUGAUGAAUAUUAAGGAGGCAAUGUAUCCACUGGGUUUUGAAUGAAACUGAUCGGUACAUGGAAUUCGAUAUGUCUCGACAUUUAUACUCGGGGGACAAUACGUAUUGUAUGUAGUGUGAUUCGUGCCAGGUUACCACGAGUAUAGUCACCAGGAUUCCCAUGUGUCAUACUAACUGGUUCAACAAAUGAAAAAUAAAAAAAAAUAAAUAAAUCACCAACCAAGAGAGGGAGAGACAGAGGAUCAAAAAGAUGAAAAUUGUGGAAAAUCUCUUGAGACUUGAGAUGUGUUUGUAAUUUUAAAAAUCACUAACACACAAAGGGCUUAAUCAAAACAUAAAUAAUUAUAAUCAAAAUAGUGCGUUAAUUAUUAUAAUUUUAAAUAAACAAAAAAGUGAAAAUGUGCACUAGUUGGAUAUGUGUUUAGUAUAUGUAUAUUUGUGACAUGUUAUAAAGUGAAAAUGCAAAUUAAUUAUGGGUGUUAAAACAUUCUGCAGAUGGAUGUACAAAAGCUACUGUGAAUGACACCAAAAACAUAUUGUUAAUGUAUAUAUAAAUUAAAUAUACAAAAUUAUAUUCAUGAAAGAAAAAUAAUAAAAAUAAAAUGUGAAUCAUGGUCAACGUAGGUUGACUUGCAGAGAAAAUAUAUAAAAAGAAAAAAGCACCCUGUGGUAUAUUCAAAAAAAAAAAAAAGGUAAUAAUAAAAAGAAAAAAAAAAAAUAAGUUGUCACGUCGUAACCAGAAGCGAACAAUUAAUAGGUUCAAGAGCAAUCAAGUAAAUCUACAUGUUAGCAAUGUCAAUGCAAACUCGACACAGAAGGUACUUCAUUAUUCAAAAGUUGAUUUUAUAUAAAAUAAAUUACUUUUAAAAAAUCAAAAAAAAAAAUAAAGAUAAUUGUCACUCAUUGAAUUUUUUUUUCUACAAAUAAAAUACAUAUUAUUGUUAAUAAUGACAAAUAAAUAAUAAAAUUUUAUUUUUUAAAUUUAUAUAACAAAAAAGAGAUAAAUAAUAAUUCAAGUUUGUUGAAUUAUGAAAAUUCCGUGGUAUUUGAGUUUACAUAGACACUUGUGUAUUCACGAACCAGUUGAAAACGAAUACCUUGUGAGAAACAAAGACGAUAUAAAAUUGCUAGAAUACUGUAACAAGUGUGAGACAAUAGCCAACGUGAAAGAGUGUGUGUCCAGGGUUGAAAAAAAGCAGAGACAUUUGAAAAAGUAAAAGAAAAAAAUAGAUAUAUAAAAAGUUUAAAAAAAGGAGUAUACCAUCGUGUUUGAGAAGGGGUUGGUGUAUAAGGGAUGAAAAAGAGAGAGCAGGAAGGAAAAGCCGUGAAAAACAUGACGCCACGAAAGUACGUAACUUAUGGCCUCGCAUAAAUAACCUGGCUUGAGCUCAUACAACGCUUUGGGAUCGAUGCUGCUUUUCGGUACGUUCGCUUUUCGUAUAAGCCCCUAUUUAUCCCGAACAAGAGUGCAUAUAAUAUACGAUGAAAAGCCUGUGAAUAUAUAUUAAAAAAAUAAUAAUCAAAAAAUUAAUAAAUAAAACGCGAAGCGUCCUACCUACGUAAAAAAUCAAAAAAAAAAUAAUUCAAAAAUUGUCAUUAAAAAACAAAUAUAUAGAUUAAAAAAACAAUAAUAAAACAUUGUGAUAUAGAGUGAAAAUAAAUAGAAAAAAAAAAAAUAGAUUCAAGAAAAGUUUUAUAUAUAUAGUUGAAAAGGAGCCUAAAGUUUGUCGACAUGGGACUGUUGAUGUUGCUGGCUGCAACGGCCGUUCUCUUGGGUUACUGCCAGACGGAUGAAAAAGUGUCAUUAUUUGGAGCAAGCUACAUACAUUUUCCAGUACAAGAAGCCAAAGGCAGUACCGAUAUAAGUUUUAGAUUUCGAACACAUCUUGCCGAUGCAAUUCUCAUAUUGGCAGCUGGAAAAACUGACUAUUGUUUAAUAAAGCUCGAGGCUGGCAGACUAAAGGUACAUAUUAAUUUAGGUGCUGGUGAGAGUGAAAUUGCUGGACCAAAAGGAUUGACACUUAAUGAUUUAAAUUGGCAUGAAAUUAAUUUAACAAGAAGAGAAGCAAAUAUGACAUUGAAAAUUGAUGUUAUACAUACAACAAGAAUAUUAUUACCAGGAAGAUUUUUUGUUCUCAACAUAUUGUAUGGUGUCUAUAUUGGUGGAAGAGGUGAUUUCAACGAGCUAUUUUUAGGUCACACUGAAUAUAUGAGAGGUUGUAUGGCUGAUAUAUUGUACAAUGGUGCAAAUGUUAUUGAAUAUACUAAAUUGAGAAAAGUUAAUUCAGAAGCAACAUCAGUAACUUGGGGUUGUUCUGGUGAAUUUGAUGCAACUGAAAAAUCCGAAAUAAGUUUUAUUGAAGAAGGAGCAUUUAUAUCAAUACCAAAACAAAUUCCACGUUCUGGAUCAAGAUGGGAAUUUGAAUUAAAAACAAUAUCAGAAAGUGGUUUAUUAUUAUACAAUGCUGGACAAGCAUCACAUGCUGAUUACUUGGGUAUUGAAUUGAUUGACAGUAAAAUACGUUUAUUAAUGAAUAAAGGUAAUGGUGCAACUGAAAUAUUACAUAAAAUGUAUGUAUCUGAUGGUAAAUGGCACAAAAUUAUAAUUGAAUUUAAUCCAAAUUUUAUUGGUAUAACAAUUGAUGAAAAUAGUGAAAAAUUAAAUCUACCAUCUGGUGGUAAUCGUUAUCUUGAUUUAGCUGAUAUAUUAUAUAUUGGUGGUACUGAAUUAAAUAAACGUGCACGUGCUAUUGGUAAAGGUUUAAAAUCUGGUGAUCAUAGUUUUAUUGGUUGUAUUAAAAAUAUGUUACUUGAUAAUAAUGAAAUUGGUUUACCAAAUGUCAAGAUAAGCCAAGGUAUUGUUGUUGGUUGUAUAUGGACAUAUCCAUGUUAUAAUAUUAAACCAUGUAUUGAAACAUCAACAUGUACACAACUUGGUGUACAUUCAUUUCAAUGUAUUUGUGAUCAACCACAUUGUGUCAAGACCGGUUAUGUUGAACCAUCAAAUAUUAACGUUAGUCUUGCAUUAAAUCUUGAGAUUGUAGCAGUGAAAAGCAUUGUAGUGCCAGAAGGUGAACACACGUUGGUCACCACUAACAAUAUUGCAAUGGUACUGGACAUUGCCAAGUAUGGAAUGAACGAGAACGGGGUCAUUUUCACUAUGGUAGAACAGCCAAAACAUGGUAAAAUCACCUUGGAUUCAACCACAACUACCACAUCUUCAUUUACUCUACACGACAUUUACAGUAACAAGGUCCAGUAUAUUCAUGAUGGUAGUGAAAAUGAAGAAGAUUUUAUGAUAUUGGAGGUAAAGCUGACAGUUGAAAUUGGCUUCACGCUUCCUGAAUAUCUACAGAGUCGUCUGAGAUUUCCCCUCAGUGUCAACGUUACGCCGGUGAACGACCCGCCUAUUCUAGAAAUACCAACAACCAAAGUCCUCAGGCUUGCACAAGGAACGAGAAAAAUACUUAACAAAGAAUUGGUAUGGACUGUGGAUCCAGAUACAUCAAAUGACAUGUUGAUUUAUACUGUUUUACGUGCUGAUACUGAUGCUGGACAUGUUGAAAAACUCAAUCAUUCAUCAAGUAGAAUUGAAAAAUUUACACAAGCUGAACUUUCACAGGGUCUUAUAUCUUAUGUUCAUCAUGGAAGUGCAAAGCCAAAUGCAAUGCUGGGACUUCAGGUGAAUGAUGGAAAUGAAAAUAGUAAAAAAACAUUUUUACGAAUAACAGCAUAUCCAUUACAAAUAAAAUUAAAACACAAUACUGGUAUUGUUGUUGUUCAUCGUUCAUUUUCAUAUUUAACACCAUUUAAUUUAUCAUUUGCAACAAAUUCUGAUGAUACAAGUAUAUUAAUACUAUACACAAUAAUUGUACAACCACAAUAUGGCAUAUUAGAAGUUCUAAAUUCAUCAACAAACACAUGGUCAAGUGUUGAACAAUUUACAAAUCAUAAUAUUGAAUUAAAACAAAUUAAAUAUUUACAUACAAUUGGUAGUCCAACAAAUGAUAUAUUUAAAUUUCAAGCAUCAGUACGUGAACUUAAAACUCAACAAAUUUUUGAUUUUAAAAUAUCAUUUAUUGAUAUGGAACUUAAAGAAAUAAAUAAUAAAAAAAUUGAAUUUACAAAUACAAAUGAAAUAAUAAUAACAAAUGACAAUAUAAAAUAUCAAACAAAUCCAUUAUUAACAUCAACAAAUAUGAUUGAAUAUAAAAUGCUAAAUAAUCCAAAAUACGGUAUUAUUUAUAACAAAAAUAAAAUAUUGAAUAACAAUGAUAUAUUAACACAACAUGACAUUGACAAUGGAUCAAUAAAAUAUCGUUUAUACAAACGUGCAUAUUCAAAAAUUGAUGAUGAAAUUAAUUUUUUAAUAAAUGCACCACAAUGUCAAUCAUUAACAGCAACAUUAACAAUUGAAUAUUUAACUGGUAAAAAUACACGAGUAAUACUUGAUACAAUUGAAUCACUUGAAGUUGAUGAAGGCUCAAAAGUACCUUUAAAUAUUGCAAAAAUAAAUCCAAAAGAUUUUCAAGUUAAUGAUGUAAUUUAUAAUAUAACUGAAUUACCAAAACAUGGCUGGUUUAUUUUACAAUCAAAUAAUAAUAAAACAACAACAACAUUUACAUAUAAUGAAUUAAUGAAUAAAUCAAUAUAUUAUAUUCAUGAUGAUAGUGAAACAACAAAUGAUACAUUUAGCUAUGUUGGAAUAUCAAAUGAUAAUAGUAAUAAUGAUUUUAUGUAUGUUGGAAAAUUUAAUAUAACAAUUAAUUUAAAAAAUGAUAAUCCACCAAUUAGAUCAGGUAUAACAAUAUUUGAUGUUGUUAUUAAUGGUGAAAGAAUAAUAACAAAUAACGAACUUAAUUAUAUUGAUCAUGAUACUGGCACAAAUACAAAUGACAUAAUAUAUACUGUAUCACAUAUAACAAAUGGUAAUAUUUAUAAUAAUUUAAAUGAAAAAAUUGACAAAUUUACACAAAAAGAUAUUAAUGAACGUAAAAUUAUCUUCAAACAUAAUGGUGAUGUUAAUGGACAGUUUGAAUUUGAUAUUAGUGAUGGUCUGUUUAAACAUAAUGAUUUCUUAGAAAUACAUGCUAGUAAACCAUAUAUUAAAUUUCAUGAAAGUAAUGCAACAAUUGUACAAUUUAAUAAUACAGUUAUUCUAAAUAUAAAUGAUUUUAAUAUUGAUACAAAUAUUGAUAUUAAUUAUAAUGAUAUUAUAUAUAACAUAACAAGUCAACCAAAACAAGGAAAAAUAAUUAUGAAAAAUAAUAAUGAAUGUUAUACAUUUACACGUAAUGAUUUGUUAAAUAAAUUAAUAUUAUAUAAACAUUUAGGUGGUUCAUUAACAAAAGAUGAAUUUCGUAUUAGAAUAAAUAUAAAUGGUAUUUAUAGUGAAACACGUAUUAUGAUUAAAGUAUAUCCAAAAUGUUAUUGGGAAACAUUAAUUAUUAAAAAUAAUAAUAUAAUAUUUGUUGAAGAAGCAACAAGUGUACUUAUUAAUAAAAGAAGCUUAGAAAUAUUACAUCCAAAAAUAUCACCAACUGAAAUAACAUAUUUAAUACGUGAAUUACCAAAAAAUGGUUAUCUUGAAAUGCAAAAUAUUAAUGAUGGACAUAAUAUUAAUAAUAAUGAAGAAAUAAAAGAUGAUUAUGAAAUAAAUCAAAUACGUCAUUUUGAUCAAAGUGUUAUUAAUGAAGGACGUUUGUAUUAUGUACAAUCAGUUGCUAAUCAAACAAAUGAUAAUUUUAUAAUUGACGUUACAAAUGGUAUAACAUGGAUUCGUGGUAUUGUCAUUAAUUUUAUUAUAAUACCAGAUAAAUUAUAUAUUGAAAGUGAUAAUAUAAGUGUUAUUGAAGGUAAUAGUAUAUUAUUAAAUAGAAAAAAAUUUCAUGUUAUAACAACAUAUUACAAUGAUAAAUUAAGUGAUUAUAAAAUUAUUGAAAAACCAAAACAUGGUUAUAUUAUUGAUGUCAAUAAAAAUAAUAAUAAUAUUAAAAAAUUUACACAAAAACAAUUGGAUAAUAAUUGUAUUAUGUAUAAACAUAAUGGUGAUGAAUUUUUAUAUGAUUUCAUGAAAAUAAUUGCAAUUGCUGGUGAUAAAUCAAGUCAACCAAUUGAUAUAUGGAUAAAUAUACAACAAAUUAAUGAUGAGUUACCAGUUAUUAUUAAAAAUAAUAAUAUUAAAGUAUGGCAAGGUGGUAAUGUUGUAAUAACAAAUGAUAAUUUAUUAGCAAUUGAUAAUGAUACAUUGCCAAAUGAUUUGUUGUAUAAUAUUAGUAUUAUUAAAAAUGGUUAUUUAUCAUUAAAAAAAUUUCCAAGUAUUGAAAUAUAUAAUUUUACACAAAAACAAAUUAAUGAUUUAUCAAUUAUUUUUACUCAUACAAAUGGUACUGAUGCUGUUAUUUUUUUUACAUUGUAUGAUGGUAUACAUACAAUUACUGGAAAUAAUAUAACUAUUGAUACAAUACCAAUUAAAUUGAAAAUUAUUGAAAAUAAUUUACUUAAUAUAUUUCCAUUAACAAGAAAAAUUAUUGUUGAUAAAAUAUUAUUAACAACAUGUACGGAUAAUAGUAGAAAUGUAUUUUAUAUUAUACGUCGUUCACCAAAUCUUGGAAAGAUAAUUAUGGAAACUAAUGAGGGCACUUGGCAUGAAGUUGACAGAUUUACGCAGAAAGAUUUGAAUGAGAGUAAAGUUACUUAUGAACACACCAAGCAGUUUAUGGACUUGUCUACUAAUGAUUCAUUCGUAUUUGAUGUUGAAACAUAUUUUGCUGAAACUAUCAAGAAUCAGAUUUUCCGAAUAGAUGUGUCAGUAUCAAGUGGUGGACUUGGAAGAUAUAUUGUAUCAUCUCCAAUUCAUGUUGAGGAAGGUGGUUCAACUGAGAUAUCAAUGAAUAUUAGUGGUAUAAUUGGAUAUUUACGUACAAAAACAGGAAUUGAAAAUCCUUCAGUAAUAACAACAUUAACAAAUCAACCAAAACAUGGUCAUGUUAUGUUAAUGCCUGAUUUAAAUAUAACAAAAUUUUCACAAUCACAAAUUGAAGAUAAAAAAAUAGCCUAUUAUCAUGAUCAUUCAGAUAGUAUUGAUGAUCAUAUUGAUUUAUCAUUAUACCUAAUACCAGGUUAUAUUAUGUUAUGUAAUACAAGUAUACAAAUAAUAAUAUCACCAAUAAAUGAUCAACCAUUUAAACUUGUUACAAAAUCACCAUUUAUAACUGUUGUACAAAAUCAAAGUCAAACAAUAACAAGAAAUGAUUUAUUAACAAUUGAUCCAGAUACAACACCAGAUGAAUUAAUAUAUGAUAUGAUAUCUGGUACAACUGCUGGACAUUUAUUACUAUUAUCAAUUGAACAAAAUUCAUCAGAAGUACGACAAGUUAAUAAAUUUAGUCAACUUGAUGUUGAUUCAAAUAGAUUAAUAUAUGAACAUAGUGGUUCAUCACAAGCAGCAUCAUUUUAUUUUCGUGUAUCUGAUGGACGUUUUACACCAGUAUAUACACUAUUUAAUGUACAUGUUAUACCAAUUAAAUUAAAUGUAACAACACCCAGUUCAUUGACAUUACAACAAGGUAUUAAUAUGGCAAUAUUAACUGAAGAUAAUAUUAAACUUGAUACAAAUGCUAGACAAGAACAUGUUAUAUAUACAUUAACUAAAUUACCAAAAUAUGGUACAUUAUAUGUUAAAAAUUUAGAAGCAACAACAUUUAAACAUACUGAUUUAUUAUCAAAAAUUGUUGUUUAUGUACAAACUGAUAUGUCAUCAUCAAAUGAUAGUUUAAUUUUAUCAUCACGUAUUAGUGAUUAUAUUAUAAAUGAUAUUAAAAUUAUAAUUAAAGUUAUACCAUUAAUGUUAAUACGUCAAAUGACUGUAUUUUCUGGUGAAAAAAAUCAACUUAAUUUAAAAUAUAUGGAUGCAACACCACUAGCUGAAGCAACAAGCAGUAAUCCAAUAUAUUAUAUUACAACAAAAUCACGUUAUUGUAAAAUUAAACGUAUUUUACGUAAUUCUGGUGAAAAACGUAGUACACGUGAACGUGAAAUAUCACGUUUUUCACAUAGUGAAAUAAUAACUGGUGUUAUAUUUAUUGUAUGUAAACGUAUACCAAUAAAUGACAUUGAUGGUUUAAAUGAUAAUUUUGAAUUUAAUUUAUCUGGUUCAAUUUAUCAGCCAGCAAAUGGUAUAUUUAAUAUUAAAAUUAAAAUUGAUCCAGAUAUUAAUAAUAAUACAUUAGAAGGACCAAUGGAUCCAGUUGGUCAUGAAGGUGAAAUGUCAAUUGCUCCAAAUAUGUCACAAGAUUAUAUUAUAUUAUUAAGUAUGUUAUUUGGUUUAUUUAUAUUAAGUAUAUUAGUUGUUAUUACAAUUAAAUGUCGACGUAAAAAAUAUAAAAAUACAACAACAAAUAAUAAUAUAAAUAAUAAUAAUAAUAAUAUGUUAAAUAAACAAAAUGAAAUGACACCGACAAUUGGUGUUAUACCAUUACCAAGACCACCAGAUCAUUUAAUGCCAACAACACCACAUUUAAAAAGAUUUGUUAAUGAUCAUAUGGAUAUGACAUCAAGUACACCAUUACCAACACAUUCAACAAUGACAACAUCAACAUUACCACAAUGUAAAGUUAUACCAUUAAAUCAAAUUGAAAGUGUUGCUAGUUCAGAUGCUGAUGUAUCAGCAAGAUAUCCAUAUGGUGUUGCUGAUAAUGAUGAUUGGAGUAGUUUUGAUACUGCUGAUUUACCAUGUUCACAAAAUACUGUUAGACGAACAAAUCCAUUAUUAAGAAGAAAUCAAUAUUGGGUCUAGCAUACACCAUCAACAAUUGAAAUUAGACAAGAUUUUAAUCAAAUUCACUAUGAGCCUGGAUAAUGCUAAAUACCAAAUUACAUUUAUUUUUUUUAUUUACUCAUUAUUUUUCAAUUUUUAUUGUCAAAUGACUCAUGAGUAAAAUAAUAAUGAACAAAAAGACUGUAAUUUAAUUUUUCUUUUUUUAAUUCAUUCGCAAUUUUAUAUAUAUUUUUUAAUCAUUUUUUUUUUAAUGAUAAUCAAAGGAUGAAUUAUUGGAGGUAUAAAGUAUAUAUUUUCAAGUUAAUUUAAUAAUAAUUUUUAGAAUUUAAAAUCAAUCAAGUUAGAUUGGUCUAAUGAACUUUUAAUUUUAUAUAGAGAUGAUAUUUGCUAUUUUUAAUUUCGAUUAUUUCUAUAGAAUAAUACUUUUUUUUAAUAAAUAAAUUAUUAAAUUUUUGUUUUUUUAUAUUCCAUAAUGCUACAAUUAAAUAUUAUUAUGUUUUUUGUAAAAUAAAUUGUCUAUAAAUAAGAUAUGCAUAAAUAUCAAAAAAAUAAAUGAUAAAAAUCAAUUAAAAAAAAUUUUUAAAAAUAUGAUAAAUAAUUGUAAAAAUAAUUAAAAAUGGCUGUUUUAUAAUGCCAAAUAAUUAAAAUAUAUAAAUAAAUGAAUUAUAAUUUUUCAAUAUAUAUUAUUUAAUUACAUUUUUUUUAGAUAAGUUUAGUAUUAAUAUAAAAUUUAUUGCAUUUGUUGUAUAGAAAAGUAUAAUUAAUAUUGUCAAAACAUUUAAAAAUUAUAUGUGAAUUCAAGAUAAAAUAUAUGUUUAAAGAUGAAAAUUAAUUUUAUCUAAAAAGUAUGUUUGUAUGCAGAGAAUGUCAACUAAAUAAUAGAAAUUAAUUUAAUAAUAAAGGAUAAAAACAUACAUAUAUAAAUAUAUACGCGUGUUUUUUCAGUAUUAAAAAUAAAUUUUAAAAAAUAAAAACAAAAAAUAUAUAAAUUUAUGAAUGUUGAUUGGUAAAUGCGCCCAAAUUCGUUGGUUUUUACACUAAUAAAUAAUUAAUAUUAAUUAAAAAAAAAAAAA